AUGAGUGACACAUUGACCAGCGAACACGCCGACCACCCGGACAACGCGCUGUCGAGGAGGCAGAGCAUCGCCCACUCUCACGGAGAGCAUGUCGGCGACUCUGCCGACGACCUCCUCGCGCAGAUGGGCUACAAGCCCGAGCUCGUCCGCACACGCUCGACUCUGCACGUCGCUUUCAUGUCGUUUGUCCUCGCCUCGAUCCCGUACGGUCUCGCUACGACCCUCUACUACCCUCUCCAGGGCGGUGGUCCCGCCGUCGUCAUUUGGGGAUGGGUUCUCGUCUCGCUCAUCAUCCUCUGUGUCGCCUCGUCGCUCGGCGAGAUUACGUCCGUCUUCCCUACCGCCGGUGGUGUCUACUACCAGACUUUUAUGCUGGCGCCUGCCCGUUUCCGUCGCAUGGCCGCCUACAUCUGUGGCUGGGCUUAUGUUGUCGGCAACAUCACCAUCACCCUCGCUGUCCAGUUUGGUACCACCCUCUUCUUUGUCGCGUGCAUCAACGUGUUCGAGUCGGAGCCCGGAGUCGGCAUUUGGGAUGCCCAGACCUACCAGAUCUUCCUCCUCUUCGUCGCCAUCACCGUUCUCUGCAACUUGAUUUCGAUCUUUGCCAACCGUUGGCUUCACUGGCUCGACGCCUUUGCCAUCUUCUGGACCUUUGCCGGCCUGAUCGCCAUUCUCCUGACCGUUCUCAUCAUGGCCAAGGGAGGCCGUCGCUCCGGUGCCUACGCGUUUGGCUACUUUGAGCCCACUUCGGGCUGGCCUGCUGGCUGGUCGUUCUGCGUCGGUCUCCUCCACGCUGCGUACGCCACCUCGUCGACCGGAAUGAUUGUCUCCAUGUGCGAAGAGGUCCAGUCGCCCGCUACUCAGGUGCCCAAGGCCAUGGUUAUCACCAUUGUCAUCAACACUGUUGGCGGUCUCCUCUUCCUCGUCCCCCUCAUGUUCGUCCUUCCCGACCUCCAGAUGCUCGUUGCCCUCUCCUCUGGCCAGCCUGUGCCGACCAUCAUCAAGUCGGCUGUCGGCUCGUCGGGCGGUGCCAUCGGUCUCCUCAUCCCCCUCAUGGUCCUUGCCAUUCUCUGUGGUACCGCCUGUACCACUGCCGCCUCGCGCUGCACUUGGGCGUUCUCGCGUGACGGUGCCAUCCCCGGCUCCAAGUGGUGGAAGGUUGUCCACCCCAAGCUCGACCUCCCUCUUAACGCCAUGAUGCUCUCGAUGGCUAUCCAGAUCAUCCUUGGUGUCAUCUACUUUGGCUCGACCGCCGCUUUCAACGCCUUCUCGGGUGUCGGUGUUAUUUCGCUUACCAUCUCGUACGCUGCCCCCAUCUUCGUUUCGAUGCUCGAGGGCCGCAAGGCCGUCAAGACUGGCAAGUUCUACCUCGGCAAGCUCGGCUGGGUCUGCAACGCCGUCGCCAUCGGCUGGUCGUUCCUUGCGCUCCCCCUCUUCUGCAUGCCCGCCUACCUGCCCGUCACGGCCGCCACCGUCAACUACGCACCUGUCGUCUUCGUCGCUUUUACCCUCAUGUCCAUUGGGUGGUACCUGUUUUGGGGCAGAGCUAAUUACCAAGGUCCUCCCCGGGACGACAUCACGGAGUCCAUGCAGCACGACGGUGCCGCCGAGACCCACCACCACCAGUCUUCGGACCCCAAGAAGGCCGAGUAA